ACGCUCGAUAUGCGUUUGUCUGGGACUAAUCAGCCAUUUAAGUACGGGAAUUUUUUUUUUAUUAUUUCAGGGGAAAUCAGCCAAAAAACAAAAAAAAAAAAAUUCACGUACCGGACCAACUCACUCACCCGCUGCACCAUCGCUGAGACAAAGGCAGUCCCUGUUGAAGAAUGGCGCUCAGGCUGGCCACUAAGAAUUUCAGGAGUAAAAUUUCGUCCAUGCUAUCUUCUGCUUCUCUACUACAUUCACAUGCCACAAGUUUUGGAUUUAAAGAAGUUCGAGAAGAAGAGAAAAGCCAAAUGGUUGGUAAAGUCUUUAGCAAUGUUGCUUCAAACUAUGAUAUCAUGAAUGACCUGAUGAGUGCCGGGUUACAUAGACUAUGGAAGGAUAGACUGGUCUCCAAACUGAGCCCAUUUCCAGGAAUGAAACAUCUUGAUGUAGCUGGUGGAACAGGUGAUGUUGCUUUCAGGAUUCUGGAAAGUAUUAGCAGCAUUAGACGCAGAGCAUUGCAAGAUCCACUCAAUGAUGGCUUACAGGAAGAAACUCAGAUAUACGUAUGUGACAUCAAUCCAAACAUGUUAAAUGUUGGAAAAAAGCGCGCUGUAGAGAGAGGUCUUAGAGAAGACAAAUCUCUCACAUGGGCACAAGGAGAUGCAGAAGCGUUAAGUUUUGGGGAUAAUUCAAUGGAUGGUUACACCAUUGCAUUUGGAAUUAGGAACGUUACUCACAUAGAGAAAGUUCUUGAUGAAGCUUAUAGGGUUUUGAAACGGGGGGGCAGAUUUCUUUGUCUUGAACUGAGCCAUGUUGAAGUUCCUGUAUUUAAGGAAUUGUAUGAUUUUUAUUCUUUCUCUGUUAUUCCACAACUGGGAGAGCUUGUUGCAGGUGAUCGAGAAUCUUACCAGUACCUGGUUGAGAGUAUCCGCCGUUUUCCACCACAGGAGAAAUUUGCUUCAAUGAUUGCAGAAGCAGGAUUUCAGAAGGUUGAGUAUGAAAAUCUGGUUGGGGGAGUGGUUGCCAUUCACUCUGGUUUAAAAAUUUGAAGGAAUGUCCAGCAAUUUUUGGUCCAACCUUUUCAAUAAUCAAUUAUGAUUCAAAUUUUUGUGACUAACUGAUGCUGCUUGCUUGCUUCAUCUUGGAUUAGAUGGCAUGGCAGAUUGUGGAGGAUAUAAAUUUAAGCAUGGUGAUCUGAUAUGCAUUUUUUCUUUUUUUGUCUGCUUAGGCAAGGAAGUUAUUUGUAUAGCAGUUGAUGUGAAAUAAAUAUUCAUCUAAAGUUAGCUUAUUGAAAUGCAAACUUUAAAGAUUCCA